UAUAAGACCAGACUUUGACAUUAUUUCAGGGCAGAUCUAGGGAGAGAGGCUUUGCAGUAACAUGGGAAGGAACCCUGUGGCUAUUAACAUCCGCAACUGACUCUAGCUGCAGUGCACAUCCAGAUCUGUCACUCAUUCCCCUCCAUACACCUUGUGAAGAGCAGUCAUGCACCUCCAAAUUUGGUGGCUCCUAUUUUUAUGGGAUGUUCAGACAUACUUUGCACAGAAUUACUUUGAAGAAAGAAGAGUUGGCAGAUUUCGGCCUAAAGCUUUAACCGGAACCCCAGUGGAGAAAGUCACCAACCUCAGUGAACAAGAUGAAGACUGCAUUCUGGAAAUGGCCUUCUUACUGGACAGCUCAGAAAGCGCAAAAGACUACAACCACAAUAGGGAAAAAAAGUUUGUGUUGCAAAUGGUUGACAAGUUGAAAGAAGUGAAGCUGAAUUCUGGCCGUUCUUUCAGCUGGCGAAUGGCAUUGCUACAAUACAGCAGUACUGUGUUAAUAGAACAAACAUUCAGAGACUGGAAAGGUCCAGAGAACUUCAAGUCUCGUAUAGCACCAAUUGCAUACAUUGGCCAUGGCACAUACACAUCCUAUGCCAUAACAAACCUUACCCAACUCUAUAUGAAUGAAGGUACACAUAAAAGUGUCAAGGUAGCCUUACUUGUAACAGAUGGAGUCGAUCACCCAAGAAACCCUGAUAUUUUUGCAGCCACAUCAAAUGCAAAACAUCAUGAUAUCAAGCUUUUUACUGUGGGAAUGACCUCUGUAGCCAAAGAAACAUCCAAUAAUGCAAAACUCAGAUUGCUGGCCAGUGUCCCAGCUACAAGAUUUGUGUUCCAUAUGCAGGACCCUGACGUGGUGGAUAAAAUCCUGAAGGAAGUGAAAGAACUUGUAGAGGAAGGGUGUCCCCAGGCAACCAUCUGCUCAUGUGAAAAAGGAGAAAGAGGACUCCCAGGGUCUGCAGGUAAAAAAGGUCGACCAGGUGAUGAUGGGAUUCCUGGACCAAAGGGGUUCAAGGGUGAAGCUGGACUAAAUGGAAUUCCUGGAAGAGAUGGACUUGAGGGAAAACCAGGGUACAAAGGAGAGCCGGGAGAAAGAGGAGAAUGUGGAAUACCAGGCAUCAAAGGAGACAGAGGUCCAGAGGGUCCAAUUGGCCCUAGAGGAUUAAGAGGCAUACAGGGAAUUCAAGGGCCUCCAGGUGACCAGGGACCAGAAGGCUUUCAAGGAUCAAAGGGUGACAGAGGCAUAUCAGGCCUUCCUGGAUUUCCUGGAGAACCUGGAAUUGGAUUGCCUGGUCAUAAGGGUGAUAUUGGAGUACAAGGCAGACCUGGGCCAAGUGGACCUCCUGGAAUUGGAGAACCAGGACCAGCAGGACCUCAAGGAUCACAAGGUAUUCCGGGAGAAAGAGGGGCACCAGGGGAAGGGCUGCCUGGACCAAAGGGAGACCGAGGAUUUGAAGGACCCAGAGGUCCGCGUGGUCAACAAGGACCCAGCAUUAAAGGUGACAAGGGGGACUUUGGACCUCCUGGACUACCUGGCCCUAUUGGUUUACCUGGCACUGGAAUUCAAGGAGAAAAGGGAAUACAAGGUCCUGUAGGACCUCCGGGAAUGAGGGGACCGUCUGGAGAAGGACUAAUAGGAUCCAAGGGUGAGCAAGGCCUUCCAGGAGAGUCUGGAGUACCUGGAGAGAGGGGGAUUGGUGAGCCAGGUGCCAAAGGAGAACCAGGAUCUACAGGAUUAGCAGGAUUACCUGGUCUACCUGGUGAAGAUGGAGCCCCUGGACAAAAGGGAGAGCAUGGACUGACAGGUCUAAGAGGUCCUGAAGGGUCCCCCGGCAUUGGUAUACAAGGUGAAAAGGGUGACCAAGGUCAGCGAGGAAUUCGUGGAUUGACAGGACCUCCUGGACCCUCUGGACCAUCAGGACCAAAAGGUGAACCUGGUGCCCCAGGACGUCUCGGAAUGCCCGGUCUUCCAGGCCGUGCUGUUGUUGGUCCUAAGGGUGACAUUGGCAUUCCAGGACCUCAGGGAUUAAUAGGGGAACCAGGCAUUGGCAUUGUUGGUCCAAAGGGUGACAGAGGUAGCCCAGGACCACCAGGACCAUUUGGACCAAAAGGAGAUGGUUACCCAGGUCUUACUGGAAUGCCUGGGAUGCCUGGACCUCCAGGAGAACCUGGACCAGAAGGAAUUGGACUCCCGGGACCAAAGGGUGAUCAAGGUGCAAGAGGACCUUUAGGUCUUUCUGGCCCCCCAGGAGAAGGAUUAUUAGGACCCAAAGGUAAUGUAGGAAAAACAGGAUUGCCUGGUCUCCAAGGUCCCCCAGGAGAAGGUAUCCAAGGACCAAAGGGAGAACAAGGAUUUCAAGGAGUGCCAGGCCCCCGUGGACCUCCAGGAGAAGGACUUCUAGGCCCCAAGGGUGACCGUGGUGCUUCUGGUGAAAGAGGAAGAAAAGGUGACAAAGGUGACCUCGGAGGAAAUGGAGCUCCAGGAGAACCUGGGAAACCUGGCUCUAAGGGAGAAGUUGGAUUAACGAGAGAAGAUAUCAUCAAGUUGAUUAAGGAAAUCUGUGGCUGUGGUGUUAAGUGCAAGGAGAUCCCAAUGGAGCUGGUAUUUGUAAUUGAUAGCUCUGAGAGUGUUGGUCCUGAAAACUUUGAAAUCAUCAAAGACUUUGUCACAGCUCUGGUUGACAGAGUGACAGUGGGCAGAAAUGCUACUCGCAUAGGACUUGUCCUCUACAGUUUAGAAGUCCGCCUAGAGUUUGGGCUGAACAGGUUCACCACUCAGCAAGAUGUAAAGCAAGCAAUAAGGAAGAUGAUGUAUAUGGGAGAGGGCACGUACACUGGCACAGCUAUACGUAAAGCAACACAGGAGGGCUUUUUUGGAGCUAGAACAGGAGUGCGAAAAGUUGCCAUUGUACUAACAGAUGGACAGACAGACAAGAGAGAAGCAGUGAAGUUGGACAUUGCUGUCCGUGAGGCUCAUGCUGCUAACAUUGAAAUGUAUGCCAUUGGAAUUGUUAAUGCGUCUGAUGCUACACAAAUCGACUUCUUACGGGAGCUAAACCUGAUUGCUUCAGACCCUGAUAGUGAGCACAUGUAUCUGAUUGAUGAUUUCAACACCCUCCCAGCUCUGGAAUCCAAACUGGUUAACCAGUUCUGUGAAGAUGAGAAUGGAGCCCUUAUAUACAACAGGAUUGGAAGUACAAUAAAUGCAGUGGCCAUGCAAAAGGGAUCUCAUAGUUCCACCCACUUUGUAAGUCAGAUCAACAGAGAAAGGUACAAUCUAUAUGACAGACAGUUUGAACUGGAAAAAGAAAAAGAGAAGAUAAAAAAUAUAGAGGAGACACAUCAACCCCAGCCCUCACCGAAAAGAGAAGAGAUCACAGUAAUUAAACUGGAAGAAGAGGAGGAGGAGGAGGACUAUGAUGAAGAGGAGUCAGAAAAUAUUACAGGUGGUUCGGAUACAAGAGGAACAGCGAUAUCAUCCUCAACAGUAAUAUCAUCUUCCACACAAACAUCUUCAUCUUCUCAGUCAUCAUCUUCAUCAUCAUCAUCACAAUCUUCCUCCUCAUCCAAACAGCCCAUAUCAACUUCUAAAUCCACAUCGACAGUGAUAUUGUCACCAUCGGGUUUCUCGGUGCCCAUUGAGCCAUCAGUACCUAAAACAGAAUUCAUCCAGGAUGCACGUUGUGCUCUGACUUUAGACCAGGGUCCAUGCCGAACAUACAUCAUUAAAUGGUACUACGACAAACAAGCCAAUUCCUGCGCUCAGUUUUGGUACGGUGGCUGCAAUGGAAACAGCAAUCGUUUUGAUGCUGAAGAUGAGUGCAAGAAAACUUGUGUAUUCAAUAGAGAGGGAGAUAUCUAAUGGAGACUCUUCAGAUGCGACAGGUCCUGUUCAUGAAGGAUGAAUGUGUUUGGGCUCGAAUGUAUAUACACAUGGCAAAAGCACUGACUGUCAGUUGAAUUGCUGACAUUUUCAGUUUUAUUUGAAAAUCUCCUGAGGUUCCUUUACAUUUUUUUUCCCUUAAAUCAUAGGCGUUAUUUAUACUAAACACCAGGUACAACGCAACGGACAGACUUUAGGGGCAACCUUAUUUGACCCAUGAUUCUUCAGUUUUUUUCACUAAAUUUUCCAUUGGUCAUGGGAUAUAUCAGGGCUUUUGGUGUAUACAGCAGCAGAGCCCUGUGGGUGGGCUUAAUGACCAUGGUGUAUAUAAUACUAGAUUUAAUACCAUUUUAAACACACCUUGAGAGUUUACGGAUUAGGCUUCUGUCCUGAAAGAUGGUCCUUGCUUACAACAAUGAAGGGGUAGAUUUACUAACAUUUGAAUUGAACUUUUUACCGAAUUAUUAGUGGCAAAAAAUGCAUAUUCAGGUUUAAGUUUCCAAAAUGUUCCACAUUUAUUAAGCGCAGAAAGUCAGAUAAAAAAUCUGGUGUCUAUAAGCUGGUGAAUUCAUGCAGAAGUGGGAGUUGUUCUAGCAUAAUUCAAGCUAUUUUUUCAAUUCGAGUUUUUGAGAUUUAUUCAAAAUUUUGCUGAUUUCGAAAACAAGUAGAAUAUUAUGUCAUCAUGGUCCAGUUGUUUUUUAUGUUUUAAUGUAGUCACGUUUAUUAAAUAAGCACACAUUUGAGAUUUUUGCUUUUAUAAAUUAGAGAAAUCAGAGAUUUGAAAAUAAUAUUGCAUAUAACUUUAAGAGAUCUGUGAUGUGUUGGUAUUUAUUAACUUUCAAUAAUGGUUUUAUAUUUGUAUGCCUCCAACUUUCAAUUGUAUAUGAUUAUAACAUUGGACUGCAUUUUUUUCUCAGUUUGAAAGGCAAUAAAAUGUGAUGUAAAUUGCACUGUUUAUUGUAAUAAAAUGUAUGUAUAUUGCCACAGAGCAAACAACCAAGGGGAAUCCCCCUACCACAUAUUUGAGGUAGUACCAUUUUAUUAGCUAUAUUUCAGCAUUUAUAGUCAAUAUAGCUAGAAUUAAUUACUUGUAUGUCUUUUUUUGUUGAAUUUUAUAUUUUUUAUGCUAGAAAUUACAUGUUGGAAUAUAAAACACUUUUAUAAAUUAAUUCCUCUUUUGUGUAUUUUUGUAUUUUCUAAGAUGUCUGUACAGUUUAGUUUCAUUGUCCUAUCAAUAUACAGAGGUUAAAUAUUUAGUGGAUUCUUGUCUUUAAAGUAAAUAAAUUCUAAAAACUUACAGUAUUAGGAUACAAUCUGUAGUAUGUGUUCAUGGCAUAACAAACAUUUGUUGGAAAGUUAAUGACUUGGGAUCAGCACUGUUUUAUUUCUUUAUGUAUUAUAUAUUUUGGUUUUAUGUAAUAAAAACGUUUAAAAACA